AUGCCGAGGACGACCAACGAUGAGGGGAUAGGACCGGGGCGGAUCCCGACGGCUGGGACCGGCGGCCUGCUCGGGAGGUCUCAAGGCGGCGACGCGACAUGGCCUGUGGACAGCAGCAGCAGCUCGGGGCACCGGGCUGGCUCGCGGAGGCGGCCGACUGAUGGCUGGCGUGCGGUGGCGAUCGGCGGUUGGCCGAGCCGACGGUCAACGGGGCAGGCGCGGGACCUGGAUCUCGUCCAGACCGGGAGGGGAGGAGGUGCUGGCGGCGACGACUUGCGGUGGCUGCGCGCAUCGACGGUGGCGCUCCGGCCGGCGUGGAGGGAGGUCGGCGCGGAGGAGCUUCGUAGGUGGAGGCACUCGGGGUCGGCGGGGCAGCGGCCGGUGGAGCUGCGCCUCACGCUCAGGGAGGAGCCGACCAAUGAAGGGCCGUGGGGUUACUCUCGGCUCAUCAUGAGGGCUGAUCUGGAGAGAUUAGGUCACGUGUCGUCGGACAACGGUGGUUUCAGUCUCCAUGAUCUCGGCCAGCUCCUCUCCUCCGGUGAAGGGGCGGACGUCACGUUCGAGGUCGGCGGUGAGACGUUCGCCGCACACAGGUGUAUCCUCGGUGCUCGUUCCUUCGUCUUCAGGGCAGAGCUUCUGGGACCAAUGAAGGAGAGCACAUCAACGUGUGUGCAGAUUGAGGACAUGGAGCCAAAAGUAUUCAAGGCAUUGCUUCAUUUCAUCUACACCGACUCGCUGCCUGAGAUCGACGAGGCUGAAGCGCUAGAGAUGAUCCAGCAUCUGCUUGUUGCCGCGGACAGGUACGGCCUCAAGAGACUAAAGUUGACCUGUGAAGAGAAACUAUGUAGUUACAUCAACACUACCACAGUGGCCACUACGUUGGCACUCAGCGAGCAACAUGCUUGUCCUGCACUCAAGGAGGAAUGCUUGAGAUUCCUCGAGUCCAGUAACAAUAGCACGCUGGAUUUGAUCACACGGAGUUCUGACUUUGAGCAUCUGGCAACAAGUUGCCCGUCUAUUAUGAAGGAGCUAAUUCCCAAACUUGCUCGUAAACCCCCUUUUGUAAUAAAUUAUAGCAACAUGUAG